AUGUCAUCGUCGUUAAUUUUGAAAAUUACCAACACUCCCGAGCGAUAUCUGCAAUUUUCAAAUCUAGCCUAUCUUCAUCCUGAUGAUUGUGCUCAAUUUGAAAAUUGUCCUUGGAUUCAAUGUGGUCGACUCAUUACCAAGUUUACUUCUUUUCCGAGUGUCGUUAAAGGAACCAUUGGUCUCAACAAGUAUAUGAGACAACACGCGGGUGUUGAAGUGGGUCAAGAUUGUACAUGCCAAAGCUAUUCUGAAGAGAAGGCUUCCUCAACAUUGAUCUCUACGCCCUCCUCCAUUGUCUUUGAACUUCGGUUUUUGAAUGAAAGUGCAGUUGAGAAGAAAGUAGUGAGCGUUACAAACCUCAUUCCAUUAUUGAGAAAAUGUUUUGGAGGUCAUAUUCUUCAAAGAGGUCAAUCAGUAGCUUUUGUCUAUCAUGGAGAGAUAAUUGCAGCUAAAAUUGUAUAUACAUCUCAAAAGACUGUUUUGAUUAGUGAGGAUGAAAAUACUAAUGUUAUUUAUGUUACCACUGCUAAAGAUAAUAAGAUUAUGAAAUUAACCAAUGUGCCAUAUGACAUCAAUCAAGUGCCAAAAGGUUCUGCCUCUUUCUCAUCACCUUCAGCUCCCAAUAGUACUUUUAACAAUGACAAUAUUGGUAGUGGUGUUAAAGUCAUGACAUCAACACUAGAGGAAUCGUCACUGAUCAAUGAAGAGGAAGAUGCAGACCAAAUGCAUGAUAUUUUCAACUCUGAAUUUACAUUUGAAACUCUUGGUAUUGGAGGUUUAGAUAAGCAAUUGAACACUAUUUUCAGAAGAGCCUUCUGCUCUAGAGCUUAUCCUCCUGAUGUUGCUGAAAUGAUGGGAGUUAAACACGUUAAAGGUCUUAUUCUUUAUGGUCCACCAGGUACAGGAAAAUCGUUAAUUGCCAAGCAAAUUGGCCAAGUUUUGAACUGUAGAACAAAAGAAGUAGUGAAUGGACCAGAAAUCUUCAGUGGAUUGGUCGGUUCUUCAGAAAAACGAAUCAGAGAUUUAUUUGCUGAAGCCAUUGCUGAUUACAAAGAUCGUGGAAAAAACGCAGAAUUGCAUCUCAUCAUAAUGGAUGAAAUAGACGCAAUUUGCAGGAAGAGAGGAAGUAUUUCUGACAGCACUGGAGUGCGAGAUGGUGUUGUGAAUCAAUUGUUAACCAUGAUGGACGGUGUGGAAUCAACACCCAAUGUUUUAGUAAUUGGAAUGACCAAUCGAUUAGAUUUGCUAGAUCCUGCAAUGUUAAGACCAGGUAGAUUUGAAGUUCAAAUUGAGAUUGGUCUUCCCAAUGAAGAAGGAAGAAUGCAAAUUCUCAAAAUUCACACAGCAGCCCUUUCUAAAAAUCAUUUCCUUUCCAGCGAUGUCGAUUAUCAAAGUAUUGUCGAUAGAACCAAGAACUUUACUGGUUCUGACAUAAUGGGAUUGGUCAAUUCCGCACGUUCAUUUGCCAUGAAUAGAGGAAUUGAUUUAAAGAAUAAGAAAGUUGUGGCAAAGAAUGUCAAAGAGUACAGCUCUCAAAUUCAAGUGACCAUGGACGAUUUUAAUAAGGCUUUGAGUGAAGUUAAAAAGCCAUCAUUUGGUGUUGAUGAUUUGAAAUCAUACAUUGGAAAAGGAAUCGUAAGAUAUGGAGCUGAAUUUGAAAAGCUUUAUGAAAAGUGUAAUUUAAUUUUGAAGCAAGUGGAUCAAGGAGAGAAUACCUUCUUGACAAGUGUCUUACUGGAAGGCAAAAAGUUUUGUGGAAAAACUGCUUUGGCUGCUCAUUUAGCCCUAGUUUCAAAAUUCCCAUAUGUCAGAGUAGUUUCUCCAAAUUCUAUGAUUGGUAUGGAUGAAUUUGCAAUGUGCCAACACGUUUCUGAAGCUUUUCUUGAUGCCUACAAGUCUGAAAAGAGUGUAGUUGUGUUGGACAAUAUUGAACGGUUAAUUCAAUUGGUUCGUGUGGGACCUCGUUUUUCCAACAUGAUGCUCCAAACACUCAUGACCUUUUUGAAACGAAAUCCUCCUCAAGAUAGAAAAUUAUUAAUUAUUGGAACGACUAGCAUGCUUUCCUCGUUAGAGUCAUUGGAUUUGGUUGAACAAUUCGAUAGAGUUCUCACUGUUCCUGCAGUCACAGGCGCUGACAACAUCAAGGAAGUGCUUGGCACCAAUAAUCUAUUUGUCGAAAAUUCUGAUAAGUGUGACACACUUGUGGAUUCCCUCAUUGAAAAUGUUGGAGAAAAGAUUCCAAUCAAACAAUUGCUCUCGAUCAUGGACGUGGUCAUUGCCAACAAGCAAAUGCCCAUUGAUGACAUCUUGGAAUUAAUUGAUAUUAAGAAGGUUUAA